UCACUGACCCUCAGCGCCGCAGAGCCUUCAUGUGUCUCUCUCUGUGGACACUUCACACUCUACAGACCGGAGCAGUCCACCAGCAUGAGUUUGAUGGACAUAUCCAAGAUCUUUUCUCUUCUUCAACCCAAAGAGGAUGAGGAGGAGGACACGGGCUGCAGUCAGGAGCUCAAUCAGGCCGUGUUUAGAGACGAUGACGGACUGCUGACUGAUCUGCUGUCUCAGGACAGGUACAGGAGGUGUGUUAACCUCCGCAGCGGAUGGGGCGUACCGGUCACUCCGCUGCGCUCCGCUGCGUCUCAGGGUCACCUGCGCUGUCUGCAGCUGCUCCUGGCUCACGGGGCCGAGGUCGACAGCCUGGACGUCAAAGCCCAGACGCCGCUGUUCACAGCCGUCGCCGGCAAACACCUGGACUGUGUGGUUGCUUUAUUGAAAGCCGGCGCCAACCCUAACGGCAGCCCGUAUAACAACUGCUCUCCGGUGCUCACCGCGGCUCGAGAGGGAGACGCGGACAUCCUGAGAGAGCUCCUGCGGCACGGAGCCGAUGUAGAUGUCAAACCCAAGAUCCCAGACUGGGCCUCCAACGCCACGACCUGCCGGGGGCCGCUCUAUAUUUCAGCUUGUUACGGUCAUCUGGAGUGCUUCAAACUGUUGCUGCAGCAUGGAGCGAACCCGGACUACAACUGCACCGAGGAAAAGAUGCUGAGCCGCAUGAAACAGCCCAAAACUGUGCUGGAGAUGUGUCUCAAAUACGGCUGCGGGCCCCAAUACAUCCAGCUGCUCGUAGACUUUGGAGCAAACGUCUAUCUGCCCGCUUUAAUCGUAGAUAAAACAACCAGACAGAAUGAAGCAGUGACGCUUCUGCUCAAAGAGAGAGUUUGUCCAAAAACACUGAUGUCUCAGGCUCGACUUUCUUUAUGGAAGUUCCUUCCCAUGGAAAACAAAAUGUGCUGCAUAGAUUGUCUGGAUAUUCCCAAAAUACUGAAGGACUAUUUGAAUCAUGUAUCCUGAUUUUCCUCUUCUGAUGUGAAAUACAUAUCUGACGAUGGGACGAAUAUUAAUUUCCCUUUUUGUAAAGC